GCAAAGUAUCUGACUGGUAAACUUGUAUUCAUUCAUCCGUUGUUCGUACUGAUGAGCGAGCGAAGUUAGAACAGAUCGCCCGGUUACAAACAUUUAGUGGAGUUGAAAAUAUUGAUACAUUGUUACGCCCUUCGACAUAAUUUAAUUGAACAUGAAAGUAACAGUUCUCUCAUCUGAAAUAUCCGUGAGGCAUGCGGUCUUAUUUUAUCACUCCUAAGCAGCGAAGUACUGCUAUUUUUGUGGUCACUUUGUAGGCAACGUUUACUAGCCAUCUAUUAGCUAGGGAAGUUUGGUUGCGGUAGCUGUUAGGUUUGUUUGAAAGUGACAGGAGAUAACAAGCUGUAAAACCGAAUCGACGCGAUGAUUCCUGAAUAUAGUCCCCGGACCAGCGAGACAAGAAGCCGUACGCGUUGCCACUAUGGUCAGGCAGCCGAACCAAACCAGAACCGAUGUGGGCUACUCUCCGAAAUCAAAACUCCUAUCAAGAAUGAACUAUUCACUGACCACUACACCAUCAUUCCGGGCAAAGAACUUGGCAGGGGGAAGUUUGCGGUGGUCAGGAAGUGUGUGGAGAAGUGCACGGGCCGGGAGUACGCCGCCAAGUUCAUGAGGAAGAGGAGGAAGGGCCAGGACUGCAGGCUGGAGAUCAUCCACGAGGUGGCCGUUCUGGAGCUCGCCACGGCCAGCCAGCGGGUGGUCAACCUGCACCAGUGCAGCAGGAGGAGAGAUCUUUAACCAGUGUGUGGCGGAGAGGGACGAGGCCUUCAAAGAGGAGGACGUGAAGAGGUUGAUGAGACAGAUCCUAGAGGGAGUUUCUUUCCUCCACAGGAACAACAUGGUGCACCUGGACCUCAAGCCCCAGAACAUUCUGCUGACCAGCGAUGCUCUUCUGGGGGACAUCAAGAUCGUGGACUUUGGUCUGUCCAGGAUGGUGAGCAGCAGUCAGGAGCUCAGYGAGAUCAUGGGGACCCCGGAGUAUGUGGCUCCAGAAAUCCUGAAUUACGAGCCGAUUAGCACAGCGACAGAUAUGUGGAGUAUUGGUGUACUGGCCUAUGUGAUGCUGACGGGCAUAUCUCCCUUCCUGGGAGAGGACAAGCAGGAGACAUUCCUCAACAUCUCCCAGAUCAACAUCAGCUACCAGGAGGAGGAGCUGGAGCAUGUAGACCAGGCCGCCAUCACCUUUAUCAAAGCCCUGCUCAUCAAAGAACCCCAGAACCGUGCCACAGCAGAAGAGUGCCUGCAGCACCAGUGGCUCCAGCCAAAAGAGAAAAAGGAGGCGGAGGCGACAACAGCGGUGAAAGAGACUAUCAGCCCAACUAAGUGCCCCUCGGAGCCAGCCAGCCCUGAGAGCCCCAUCAGGGAAGAGGAGAAGGAAGGUCCUGUAACAGAGGAGCUGAUCGUGGUGGCAGCCUACACACUGGGCCAGUGUCGCCAGUCAACAGACAAGGAGGUCAUAAACCCCGACCAGAAGGCUAUCUCCAAGCGCUUCAAGUUCGAGGAGCCCUUUAGCACCCUCCAAGAGGUUCCCGGGGAGUUCAUAUACUGAAGGACACAAACACACAGACACACACACAGACAUCUCAACCUUUACACAAGGGGUCUUCGCUCCGGUCCUGGAGAGGUACUGGUUGUGUUGGGUCUCCCUCCUGCCGUUCACUAACACACCAGAUCACAGCCCUAAUUGGUUGGUUAGUAAAAUCAGGUACAUUAAUGGCGGCUUGGAGCGAAAGCCUGCACCAUCCAGUAGCUCGCCAGGAACCAUAGUGGAGAACCCCUGCUCUUACAUCUAGCUGAAAGCGGUACAAAAUGUCGCACUUACAAACCAGAAUAAAUAUGACACUUUUUAACCCACCUCAUGGUCUGAACUCGUAAGCCAAACUCUUUUUAUUUUUUCCCUGUUGUUUUUUGUCUUAUGUUUGUGCUGCUUUACUAUACAUGGGAAUCGUUAAUCCAGACUAAGGCCUAGAUUCAGCCAGAUCAAGCGUUAACCCAUAUCCGACACCCGCAGAGCUGAUGUUUUGGCGGUGUCGGAAGUGGAACUGCGUUGGAGCUGUCAAAUCAGACCUGCUCUUGUGGUCCUUGUUACGGAACCACAGCCAUCCCACUUGCAUUAAAGUUCAGGACGAGAAAGUGUAGGCUAUAUGGAAAUAAUGACGCUCGAAUGGAAAAUCAUUGAGCAAAACAAUGAGGAUUUCUAUCAGCCUAAUCGAGGUGUAGAUUACAUCUCACAUUCCAAUGUUCGAACUUGUAAACAAGGUUGCAUGGGAUUUCUCUCAAUGCGACUCUGUGCAGCCAAUGGCGAUGUCCGCUUCAGGUAUAAUGCCGGGAUCCGUUGUGGAUUUGACAGCUCUAACACGGUUCCACCUCCGACAAUGUCAAAUCAUCAGCUAUGUGGGUUUGGCUAAAGCCGAUCUGAUUGAAUCUGGCCCUAAACCUUGUUGUGAUGUUUUUGUUUUCUUCUUCUUUGGUGCCAUGCUUGGAGAAUUAGCAAUGACUUGGGCCAUAAAUGCAAUUGCAUAUUUUUUUUCCUUUUUUUCUCCCUUCAGUUUUUUGUCCAUGUUUUGCCAGGCCAUCUCUUUUCUUAAGGUGUUUUGUUUAAGGUUAUAGAUAUCAUCUAAAAUGGGAACGGGGGAGAGAGGGUUAAUUCUAUGUAUAUGAAACAAACGUUAUGUUGCUUUGAGAGUAUGUCUCUAAAUUAUACUGUUUAAAAAGCCAUUGCACACGUUUGACCCAGAACUGGAAACAUCCCAUGGGUUUCAAUCUCUUCAGCAAUAAUUGCAAAUAAUUUACUUGUAUAUGCAGACAGCGCUUGUUUUUCUGUCCUAACUCCCAAUAGUAAUUACUGUAAAUUGGUCCAAGUUUGUCUCUAUCAAACGAGAGGCUCCUUAUUAUGGGAACACAUUUGUACAUGAAUGUCCUGAUACUGUAAAUAAAGAUACGUCUCUAAACCUUU